UAAACUAAGUUUAUGUGUAAUAUAAAUUGUGUACGUUUAGAUACUUUUUUUUAUAAUCAUCAAAUAUAUAAAAAAAAAAUAACAACAACAAUAACGUAUAAUAGAAUCUAUAACGCAUACUAUUACACAUCGAGUAUCUGUGCGGUCAUUGCUGUUAUUUUGUAGUGGUAUUUAGGUAAAUAUACGUCAAAUACUUGUUUGCUGAGAAUCAACUUUUGUGUAUAUAUAGCGGACGGGUUGCGAUCAUUUCUACAUAGAGACUUAUUCAGUCGGUUAAUAUCUUUUGAUCCGUUAGGAUCGUCUAAGAGACAAAUAGUAUACAAGUGUUAAAAAAACAAAAUCUAUAUUCAUAUAGAGGACAAAGAAACACAUUUUUGAAUUCGCCGCAUUUGAAGCGAAAGCAAUUUACAUUAGAUUUUAUUCGGGUGUGAAUAAUUAUUAAAAUAUUUUUUUGGUCCUUGGUUGUCAAGGAAACAGAUUUGCUCCUUAAAAAAGGGCAUUUAUUUUAAUUUCAUUUUAAUAUAAAAGAAACAAACAAAAACGGACCACAUUAAUCAAGAUAUUAUAAAGGAAAAUUCAACAAUCGAGUGCAGUAAAAGGGAACACAACUUUGGAUAUUGGGGCCUUGGCCAUUGUAUGGAGCGUUCUAAAAACUCUACGAUACUAGGAGACGAGCCGGACCUGUUCAAAGGAGCACAGGGCCGGAUUGGUCUAAAUUCAAGCAACGGUUUUGCCCAUCAAGCAUUUACCGCUGCCUCUGCUGCUAAGCCUUCUCCACUUAUUCCUUCAUUAAGAACAACCAAAAUUAAUUUAGACGCUACAUUAAAUGAUUGCGAAAGGGGCUAUGUGCCGACGGUUGGACGUUGGGGCGCCGAAUGGCCAAGUUGACUCGCCGAAGCCAGCUUGGGACGUCAUAUUAAUGGAUCGGUUAUCGGAUCAGUUGGAUUGACUACAGCCACUACUGCAUCGAUUACCGCCGAUCCGGAGACAACAUGUAAUCUAUCACGCAACGAUCAUAACAGGGCAAUUGUCCAAAAUGGUCAACAAAUCGUGGACAACGAUUAUGAUGAUAAUGAUUAUGAUGAUGACGAUGAUGAAGACGAUGACGACGAUGAAGAUGACGAGGCAGAUGUUAAUAAGGAUAUUUGCGGUGCAUCAGCAACAUCAUCCGGGCAAAAGUCAUAUAAUGCAAAUAAAAUCAUUGAAAAUUUGACAUCAUCUAAUAAUGAUGGAGGAGCAGCUGCAUCAUUGUUUGCCGAUGCAGACAGAUGCAGAAGCAUUCUUAAGCUUCUCGAAGAACAGCAACCAAAAAGCAGCAAUCAAGAGAAAAAAGAAAAAUGGUAUGCUGCUGAGGAUAUCUAUAAUUUAAAUGCUUUCAAUCAAAAUAAUGGUGUCUGGCCAUUAGAACAUCCUUUGCCAUUGCCAGAUUGGUCUACCGAAAUUAAAGAAACUAUUAAUUUCGAUAAUGUUUGGCAAUAUGAAGAUCUUAAUGCAUUGAUUGAAGCAAAACUCCAUCAUUUGCUUGAAGAAACACACUACGAUACAGUACAUUUGUUUGUAGACUUCUUUAAGGCCUUCAAAAAGACCCGACGUUCUGAUUUGAAGUCAUUUUUCCAAUUCUACGAUGUUCCAAUUAAUCGUCGCCAUCAUAUGUGUGUUAGUUUGGCCAUGGAAAUUAUGACAAGAAUUAUGGAUAUCUUUCCAAUUUUGGCCAAGUACAUGUAUAUUGUAUCUUGCGAGGAAGAUGUUGCAGCUUUGCGUGAUUAUAUUGAAACUAGCGAAGAAUGUGGUCUUAAUUCUCCAGAAUCGAAUGUUGAGAAAGAACAUGCCAUGGUUGCUAUGCGCAUAUCAAUUGGAGGACGUCGUGGUAUAAUGAUUUUAGAUCCCGGUUAUCAUGUUGCUAGAGCAGUUACCGUAAUGGAAGAUCAAAUGUAUCCUCAUACAGGUUGGUUUACACAAUCCAUCGAACAGCAUUGCCAACGUGAAUAUUGCUAUAACUUCAGCAAACACAGCAACAAAUACAUCGAUUGGAUGGAACGAGAAACACGUAACAAUCAGCAGACCUAUAAGACAUCAUUGGUCUAUGUUGAGCAUCCUUAUUUGACAGCAAUCGAUGUUACUGUGCGCAGGAAUUUGGUUUAUAAUUUCCGUUCAUUGUUGGCACGUGACGCUAAGGGAAGAGUUUUGGCUGGAAUAUAUUUGCCAUUAUUGUCGAAUAUAAAUGAGGCCCAAUUUACAAUGUUCUAUGAUGGGCCAAAUGAUCAGCGCAUUAAAGUUAAAUUUAUGUUUAACGUUUUCAAGAAUCCAACAAAGAUUCCUGAACAUGUUUUGUCACAUUUGGAAAAACUAGCACCCCAAUUGAACAUGAUCUAUUCAGAUCUUCUUGAACUUUGCACAUCUUUAGCUGAAGCCGUUACAGAUCAAGAUUUCAUCAAACAAGUGCUUGAUAUCAACAAUGACAUCAAUUCAAUGUCAGCGGACAAUUAAUUGACACUGAAAACCGUUAAUCAUCAUUACGUAGAGGAUAUAAUAGUCAACACCUUUUCAUUUACAAAUUCCAUUAAAAAGAUUUUAAAUGCUUUUGUUAAAUUUGUUUUUCGUUUAGUCUAUUAGAAUGUAUAGAAAAAAUCAUAUAUAAAAAAAAAACACAAAAAAAAAUUAAAACUUUUAUUCCACAAUACACACAUUUUUUUUAAAUCCUGAUUUUCUACUACUUUUUUUGUUUUUAAUUUUCUUUUUAUAACUUCGUUUAGGACAAAAACUAUAAAUAAACAAACCUAAAAUCUAUAUUAUUAUUUUUAGAGAUUUUUGUAUUGUUUUUCAAAAUAUCUAUGGUCAGUUAGUAGAGGUAUAACCAAAGAUUAUUCGCAAGUCCAUAAUCACACUAAAUAAAAAAAAAAUUGUAAAAAAAAAAACAAAACAAACACACACUUCGUAAAAACUAUUACAAGUUUUUUUUGGAAAA